AAAAUGGCGACAAGACCACAGAUUUUGACGAAGUGUUAAAAUGGCAACACAAAAGCCAGGAGAGUGGGUUCAGUCGUUGAUUCAGCGAUUUGACGCCCAGUUGCCAAUCAAGACCGGCCUACAUACAACACAGUCCAUACAGAAUGUGGAGCAAAAUAAGGAAUGUCUUAUUAGUGUUUCCAAGCACAAAUUCUCAUUAGUUAUCAAUGGGUUGACAAAAAUUCUGCAGAAUGUGUCGAGCAUGCGUAUCCAUCCUGAGGCCGAGAGAAAUUACCAUGAAUCUCAACUCAUCAUUUUGGACUCUUUAGAACAGGUUCUGAAUUCUCAACCAAAGGACACCUCACGUCUAGAUGAAGCAAUUUAUGUUAAACUCCUCCUUCCAGAGAUAUGUAAGUUCCUGAACCAACCCACAGACAACCCUAAUCCACUAGUUCUACAGUUGAAGAACUUGGCCUCCAAAGUUCUGUUUGCUCUCAGCCAAAAUAACUUCACAGCUGUAUUCAACAGAAUAUCUGCAAAGUUAUCAAACCUUCCUAGUGCUGAUGGUGACCAAUCAGAUCUGUCCGACCUGGAGCUUAUCCAGCAUAUUAAUGUAGAUAUCCACAGGCUUAUCAAACUUCUUAAUGAGGUAGUGUGUAAAUUUAAGCCUAUAAAGAAACAGGUGUUUCUUACAUUGGCCACCAACCUAGAAAAGGCAAUAUGGAAUUGGAUGGACAAUUAUCCUGAAGAAUUUACAGACCUACAGAAACGGCCAAAUGAAGAACUGCAAGAGUGUUCAGACAAAUUGUUCGAGCAUUUUAACUCGAGUUGUAUGGAAUCCCGGAAGAGGACGGCAGCCGUCUGGCCACUACAGAUGAUGCUGCUUGUCAUGUCCCCAAAAAUCUUGGAAGAAAUAAGCAAUGCUGAUGCAGGUGCUCCUUGUUCACAACAAAUAAUGAAAAAAAAAAUGUUUAUUGAUGAGGUAAAGAAAGCUAUUGCAUCCCAUCAUGGAGGAUCAAAGCAGAUGAUAGAGGGCGCUGCCAUUACAUGUGUUAGACUGUGUAAAGCCUCCACAUAUAUCAGCAUCAAUGACCGCUUAAAUGUCCUCUUCUCAUUUGUACAGUCCAUCAUUAAUGAUUUAAAGAAUCUUCUGUUCACUCCACCACCCACCAAAGCUUUCUCUCGGGGACAGGGCAUUGUUGGACAGGAUCUGGAUUUAUACAUAGAUUGCUUUGUGUCCUGUUUUAGAAUUACACCUCAUAAUAAUGAUGUUCUGAAAAUCUGUUUGAAUCCCCAUUCACCUCCCAUCUACCACUUUGUACUGGUCAAUGCAUUGCACAGAAUCAUCACUCAGCAAAGACUGCCCUGGUGGCCCAGUAUCAAUAUCAUAUAUGGGAAAGCUGCUGAACUUCGUAGCAUGUUCACUGACACUCUGAAUAAAGUGACCCAGGGUAUGGCCACUAAUCCCACCCCUAAGGUCACAGGGAGCAGCAUCCCCUAUGUCAGUAUAGCGAACUUCACAAAGAUGACCUUGUAUAAACUGAGUAAAGCUACAGAUGAGAAUAUGACAACCUAUCGCUACCUUCUAUUGUGGAUUGUUAGACUCAUUCAUGCUGACCCUUAUCUCAUGUUACAUAAUCAGGGUAAACCAGGUCAUGAAAUUCAGAGCAGCACCCUGGAGUUGAUGAAUGGACUGGUCUCUCUUGUUCAUCAGCAGUGCAUGCCAGAUGUGGCUCAGGAAGCAAUGGAGGCCUUGCUCUGCUUACAUCAACCCCAGAAUAUUGAGCUUUGGAAUCCAGAGUCACCCAUUAACACAUUCUGGGAUGUCAGUUCACAAGUAUUGUUCUCCAUAUCUCAGAAGUUGAUUCAGAGACAACUGGUAAAUUACACUGAGAUCCUGAAGUGGUUACGAGAUAUCCUGGUGUGUAGGAAUACCUUCCUCCAGAAACACAGUGCUAAUGCCAACCUGGGCAACAACAAGACUAUCUGUAUCCACAUCAAGUUAGAGGUUGUAUUUUUCAUGUACCUGUGGAGUAUUGAUAUUGAUGCUGUUCUAACGGGCAUGUCAUGUUUUCAUCUUCUGUGCGAGGAAGCAGACAUUAGAUGUGGCUCAGAUGAGGUGGCAGUCACCCAGAUUCUCCCUAACUACAAUGUGUAUGCUGACAUUGCACAGGCCAGCACUGUGUUAACAACAGGGAGAGCCGCAUUACAAAAGCGUAUCAUGGCAUUAUUGAGAAAAAUAGACCAAUACACAUCAGGAAACUCCCAGGCCUGGGAUGACACAUUCAGGAACUGGGAAGUUAUCACACAAUAUUUAGAAAACUAUCCCAAGGAUGCAAAAGUGAAAACUGACUCAGAAAUUCCAACAGGGCUGGGAGAUACCAUAAGGAAGAGAAAACCACCCCAUCAUGCAAACACAGAGCAUGAGCUAGAGGACCAGUUGAAUGAAUGGGCCAACAUGACAGGAUUUUUGUGUGCUUUAGGUGGUGUACGAUUGCAGAACAGACCACAUAGAAUUAGUGGAGGGCCGUCCAUAGCAUCAGGGCUGGAUUCUCGCAAGAGCAGCUUGAUGCAGAGUUACGAUACACAAUACUGUCCAGUCACACAAUUUAUCAGUAACAUGCUGAAGUUGUUGGUAUGUCAGAAUGAGAAGUUUGGUGCUCAGAUUCAGAAACAUGUAAAGGAGUUGGUUGGACACGAGUUAAAUCCAGCUCUUUAUCCCAUUCUGUUUGACCAAAUCAAAGUCUCAGUGGACAAGUUCUUUGAUCCCUCUGGUCAAGUGAUGGUGACAGAUUUGAACACCCAGUUCACUGAGAAUGUGAUCUUCAUCAUGAAGAAUAUUCUGGAAAUGAAGACAACAGACCAACCGUGUGAACAUUUAGGGGUCACCAGUAUCGAAUCCCUAAUGUUAGCAGUUGUCAGGUACGUGAGGCAUCUAGAUUCAACUGUCCAUGCCAUUCAAAUAAAGAUCAAACUCUGUCAGUUAGUGGAAGCCAUGAUGCAUCGGCGCGAUGACCUGACAUUUAGACAAGAGAUGAAGUUCCGCAACAAAUUAGUGGAGUAUCUGACGGAUUGGAUCAUGGGAAAUUCCCAUCAAGUUAACAUUGGUGAUAUUUGUAGCAUGUCCAGGAAACCUAUGCCUAGAACUGGGCUUCAGCGAUAUAUACACAAUCCGAGUGGGCCGGGCUCCUGUGCCAAGGGCCCACCAUAUGUGCCCAGUCCCACACCAUUAUUUCUGCACUCCCAAACCACGGUAGACUUGGAUCAGGCCAGUAUGCAGGGGGUGGCAGCCUUGCUGGCAGGACUGCCCCUCCAGCCAGAGGAGAGUGACCGGGGAGACCUAAUGGAGGCCAAAUCACAACUCUUCCUCAAAUACCUGACAUUAUUUAUGAACCUACUGAAUGACUGCUCAGAAGAAGAACAGGACACAGCCAUGGACCCUAACAGGAAGCGGAGUACAUCCAACUUGUCUGCCCUCAGAAACUGUACUGUCCAAGCCAUGUCUAACCUCCUUAAUGCCAACAUUGACAGUGGACUUAUGCACUCUAUAGCUCUUGGCUAUCACAAAGAUCCCCAGACCAGGGCAGCCUUCAUGGAAGUCCUGACUAAGAUCCUCCAACAGGGGACAGAGUUUGAAACCCUGGCCGAGACUGCGUUGGCGGACAGGUUCGAGAGGUUGGUGGAACUAGUGACCAUGAUUGGGGACAAAGGGGAGCUUCCCAUAGCCAUGGCACUGGCUACAGUGGUACCCUCUCAGCAAAUGGAUGAACUGGCCCGAGUGUUUGUCAAUCUCUUUGAUGCCAAGCAUCUUCUCUAUCAGCUUCUCUGGAACAUGUUCUCCAAGGAGGUGGAGAUAGCGGACUGCAUGCAGACAUUGUUCCGCGGCAACUCUCUGGCCAGCAAGAUCAUGGCAUACUGCUUCCGAUUUUAUGGCCAGAACUACUUACGAGAAUUACUUAACCCCCACAUAAUGGAGAUGGCUCAGCUUGAAAGGCAACAGAAAGUGUGCUUUGAAAUUGAUCCUGCAAGGUUGGAGCAUGGUGAAAGUAUAGAAGAAAACAAGAAGAAUUUGAUGAUAAUCACCCAGAAGGUGUUUGAUUCCAUUGUAGGGUCUGCACCACAGUUUCCGUCUAAGCUGAGAAGCAUGUGUCACUGCCUAUACCAAGUAGUGACACAAAGAUUUCAGCAGAGUUCCACUGAAGCCGUGUGGACUGUGAUUGGCACAGUUAUUUUCUUGCGCUUCAUCAAUCCAGCGAUAGUGUCUCCAUUUGAGUCGGGAAUAAUUGAUGAAGAGCCAACACAGAAAGUCAAAAGAGGGUUGACACUCAUGUGCAAAAUAAUGCAAAACAUUGCUAACCAUCUGCAGUUCACAAAGGAAAACCACAUGAGAACGUUCAAUGAGUUCCUCAAAACCAAUUUUGAGGCUGGUAGAAGGUUUUUCACAGAGAUUGCUUCAGAUGGAGACAUUCCAGACACAGGAAAUCAUAGUCUCUCCUUCAUUAAUGAUGCUAAUGUUCUGGCUCUACACAGACUGCUAUGGAAUAACCAGGAGAAGAUAGGGGAUUAUCUGUCUAGCAGCAGAGACCACAAGGCAGUAGGAAGGAGACCAUUUGACAAGAUGGCUACAUUAUUGGCAUAUCUGGGACCACCGGAACAUAGACCUUUGGACUCUCAUGUUGGGAUCUUUGCCACUAGAUGGUCCAGCAUGGAUAUGACCAGCACCAAGUUCGAGGAGAUCAUGUCCAAGCACAACAUGCAUGAGAAGGACGAGUUUAAGUCCCUGAAGAAUCUGUUGAUAUUUUAUCAGGCAGGCACCAGCAUCGCAGGGAACCCGGUGUUUUAUUACAUAGCCAGGCGCUACAAGGUUGGAGAAAUAAAUGGAGAUCUCCUUAUCUACCAUGUAUUGUUAACACUAAAACCAUUCUACAACAAGCCGUUUGAGCUAGUGAUAGACUUUACACACACCUGUGCAGAAAAUAGAUUUAGAACUGAUUUCCUGUCCAAGUGGUUUGUGGUUAUGCCUGAGGUGGUGUAUCAGAAUAUCACGGCCUCUUACAUCUACAACUGUAACUCGUGGGUCAGGGAAUACACCAAGUACCAUGACCGCAUCCUCAAUCCACUCAAAGGAAAUAGGAAACUAAUUUUCAUUGACCAUCCAGCAAGAUUGAAUGAGUACAUUGAACCUGAUCAGCAGAAGUUGCCAGGAUCCACUGUAGCCUUGGAGGAGGAUCUAAAAAUUUCAAACAAUGCUCUGAAGUUAUCUCACAAGGACACAAAGGUUACCAUCAAAGUGGGGCCCAAUGCCAUACAGAUCACAUCUGCCGAGAAGCUUAGAGUAUUAGGACAUCAAGUUCUGCUGAAUGAUAUUUACUACGCAUCAGAGAUUGAAGAGGUGUGUUUAGUUGACGACAAUCAGUUUACCUUGACGAUAUCCAAUGAGAGUGGGCCCUUGUCUUUUAUUCAUAAUGACUGUGAUAACAUUGUCCAUGACAUAAUCCACAUAAGGACCAGAUGGGAACUGUCACAACCUGAGUCUGUGACGGUCCACACCAAAAUCCGACCAAAAGAUGUGCCCGGCACCCUGCUCAAUGUCGCGCUGCUGAACCUCGGAAGCUCGGACCCAAGUCUCAGAUCUGCUGCUUAUAACUUGCUGUGUGCGCUCACUCAAACCUUUGACCUGAAAAUAGAGGGCCAAUUAUUAGAAACCACUGGAUUAUGUAUCCCUGCAAAUAAUACCAUUUUCAUCAAGCUCAUCAGUGAAACCCUAGCUGUGAAUGAACCACAUCUUACCCUGGAAUUCCUGGAGGAGUGUAUUCAGGGAUUUGGUAACUCCAACAUAGAGAUGAAGCACUUGUGUCUGGAAUACAUCACUCCAUGGUUGCCUAAUCUCACAAGAUUUUGUAAACACUCGGAUGAGAAUAAAAGACAGAAAGUUGCACUGAUCUUGGACAAAUUAAUCACGAUGACAAUUGAAGAAGUAGAGAUGUAUCCCUCCAUUCAAGCCAAAAUCUGGGGAAACAUUGGAAAAGUGGCUGAUCUCUUGGAUAUGGUGCUAGAUAGCUUUAUCAAGAGAAGUGUCACAGGAGGGCUGGGGUCCAUUCAGGCAGAAAUCAUGGCAGAUACAGCAGUAGCAUUGACCUCUGCUAAUGUACAGCUCGUGUCCAGAAAGGUCAUUGGUCGAUUGUGCAGACUGAUAGACAAGACCUGCACCUCCCCUACCCCCACAUUGGAACAGCACCUAAUGUGGGAUGACAUUGCUAUUCUGGCCAGAUAUCUUCUUAUGUUGUCUUUCAACAAUUCAUUAGAUGUUGCUAGUCAUUUACCAUUCCUGUUUCACAUUGUGACACUACUGGUGUGUACAGGGCCUCUGUCUCUACGAGCCUCUACACAUGGGCUUGUCAUCAACAUUAUUCACUCCUUGUGUACAUGUUCACAGCUAAGCUCCAUCAAUGAGACCACUAUGAAGAUUCUGAAGAUGAGUUUAGCUGAGUUCUCUCUACCCAAGUUCUACCAGUUGUUUGGGAUCAGUAAAGUAAAAUCAGCAGCUGUCAGUGCAUUUCGAACCAGCUUUAGGCCGGGGGAUCGAUCGUUUACAAUGUCCCCUCCAGAACACGAGAAAAUGUCUCUUUCCUCUCUGGAAACCAUUGUAGAUGCUCUUCUAGAGAUCAUGGAGGCAUCUAUGAAAGACAUUCCAAGUUGUGAUUGGCUCCAGCAAUGGACAGAUUUGGCUAGAAGGUUUGCAUUCCAGUACAAUCCUGCCUUACAGCCCCGGGCUAUCAUUGUGUUUGGCUGUAUCAGUAAAACUGUAACAGACUCGGAAAUCAAACAACUCCUCAAAAUCAUGAUGAAGGCUUUGGAGUCUUUUAAUGACCUGACUUUGAUAGAGGCCAUUGUUAUGUGUCUGACAAGGUUACAGCCUUUGCUGAGAUCUGAUUCCUCUAUCCACCGCUUUCUGUUCUGGGUGGCCAUUUCUGUCCUACAGCUGGAUGAGCAGUCUUUAUAUGCAGCAGGUCUGGCUUUACUGGAGCAGAACCUCCAUACCCUGGACAACAUGGGACUGUUUGAUAGAGAGCCUCUAGAGAAGAUAAUGAUGGAGACUAGGGAUCCUUUAGAGUGGCAUUUCAAACAGCUAGACCAUGCCAUGGGACUCAGCUUUAAAGCCAACUUUAACUUCGCUCUUGUUGGUCAUCUUCUGAAAGGAUUUAGACAUCCAGCACAGACGACAACAUCUCGAACUGUCCGUGUUCUGAACCAGCUGUUAUCCAUCACUGUAAAACCCACCAACAGAGACAAGUUUGAAGUGACACCUCAGACUGUGCCAUAUCUUGCAGCCUUGGUAUCGGUUUCUGAAGAAGUGAGAAGUAGAUGCCAUCUUAAACAUCGUACAUCUCAGUACCUGAUGAAGGAGUCGCCCUCCAGUGACAGUCUCAACACAGAUAUGGCAGCAGGGGUGUUCUCCUCCUCCACCGCAGGACCAGUGAUCCCCGUCCCCAGCCUGCCCUCACAGGUGAUGGUCACAUCAACCCUCGACAUCCAAACUCCCCCCUCAAUGACCCCUCCUCCAGUGGCUACACCCAUGACCAGGCGACAGAAGAGCUGGGAAGUUCUGGACCUGGGACCCAUGAAUGCUGCUAGACUUCAGAAAGGUCCAUCACAUGCCAACCAAACUCAGCAGCCAGGUAGCUCCAAGGUUUGGAAAAGUUUAGAUGACCCAAAUCCUCGACCACCAUUUCACAAUAGGAGUAACUCCAUGCCUACCCCAGGUUCUAAGAAGGAUGGAAGUAAAGCAGUUAUGUCUCAGUCCCGCAGUGGGAGGGUGUCUGUCUCUAAUGAAAACAAUGUGUUACUGGAUCCAGAUAUGUUGACAGAUUAUCCCACCCAAGUACUGGUCCUCACUGUGCUGGCUACCCUGGUUAGAAAUACUACUGAUGAAAAUGAGGCAAGAAUUCUCUAUGAAUACCUCGCAGAGGCAUCUGUGGUUUUUCCUAAAGUUUUUCCAGUGAUACACAGUCUUCUGGAUGCCAAAAUUAACAAUGUCCUCUCGUUGUGCCAUGAUCAGGCUAUUCUGAAUGCUGUACAAAGCAUUAUACAGAAUAUGAUCGCUUGUGAGGAUCCCUCCCAACAGCAGCUCUCCUACUUGCAGAGUAUCGGCUUCGGAGGCCUUUGGAGGUUUGCUGGAACGUUUAAGUCUGCGCAGAGCGAUACAGCCGAGCUGCUGGUGAACUGCCUGGAAGCCAUGAUGGUUGAGAACUGUCUCCCUGGUGAUGACCUUGACAUUCUUAAUCCUUAUCCCAGCUCCCUUGGGAUUUCCUCCAAUCUAAACUUGUCCAGCUCCAUGUCCAGCCUUAGUGUCAGCAGCAUGCACUCCCCCACAGAUAAAGACACCGCCGACAAAAACGGUGCCAACAGCAACCGCAUGCGCCAUGGCUCCGCAAACAACUUGCCUGGCAAAAAUCGGACGGGAAGCUUCAAGCGGAAGGAUAGCAAGAAGAAAGUGAUGGAGACCAUUGAGAACUGACUUCUCAGAGUGAAAUAUGAGUUGUAUAAUACCUACAGAGUUAACAAUUUUCUUCACUACUCAGUAGUUUGAAAAAUAAGAAAAAUAAGUUUUAAUUUCACAUAUCAUUUCAUUGUCUAUUUAUUGCUAUGAACCAAAAAUUUACCUCCAUAUACCACUUUUUAGAUAAUUUUCAAGGCCUGUUUUAAUUCAUGUGACUUAAAAAUAUCUAAAUGUUUUGUUUAGACAGGAGAUUCAGUAAACUUUAGUAGAGCUCAUUUAGUACAUUCCUAAAUUAUUGAACUAGGCAAAAAGGUAGAAGUUAAUCAAACAGUAGUAGCUGUAUAGAAAAAAGACACAUGUAUCAUUAUUCUGAAUGUUUUGUACUGAGCUUGCUUUGUGCUUUUAUUGUUGAUGUCUGUUGAUUCUGAUAAUUUUGGUGGAUGUUGGAUAUUAUUCCAUAUCAGGUUCAUCAGUGAUAGACAUUUCAGUUAUUAAAUCAUCAGUUGCAUUGUUAUUGUAGAUAUCAGGAACAAAAAUGGCAUUGUUGAAAUUGUUGACAAAGUUCGAAAAGUAUAUUUAAAAUGAACGAGUACUGUUAAUGUCUUGCAUAAUCCACGCUCAAAGAUUGAAUUUCUUAUGUUCAUGAUAAAGAAGUAUUACAUAUCUAAGUCGCCAUACAUAUUUUUUUUUUUCAAAGAUGGAGGAAUUUAUGACUUUCUAUUCACUUUUGUUGAAUAUAGAACAUCCUUACCAAAGGUGAAGCCUCAGCAUUUCAGACUAAUUCUGAACACCUCCAACGUUAUUAUUGGAAUGGUUUAUUAUCCCCCCUCCCCCCUUUUUACUUUUUAAAGAUUUUUAACAGUGGAAAUAGUUAGGUUUUUCUUAUAAUGUAGAUCAAAAAGAUGUUUACCUCUUUAAAAAAAAAAAACAAUCACAGGAAAUUGAUGAAUUCAAAUAUAAUUUAAGUGGAACUCAUUCUCCUAUCUUAUUUGACAUACAUUUGUACAAAGUACAUGUAUGUAGGUUUCUAAAUAUUGACACAAUAUUACAUAGAUUUUUUUAAAAAAAGACCAGUUUGUGUGUAAAAACAGGCUGUGUAUAUGGAUAGCGUGAAGUCCCAUUAGGAACCAUUUCUGGGAUUUUGUGUUGUGUAAACUGUUUUUGAGCAACUACACCAAGUUUUAAAAAGACUUUCCCAAAGGAGAUUUUAAUUUCAUCUAAAAUGGUAAAUUUUUUUCCUGGGUACAUCAAAAUUUGAUUUAUUUUGCAAGUCCUGAUCUCUGCUCUUGAUUUAAUGAUUAUUUAUCCCUUUAUGUCUAACCAUAUUGUGUUCAUCUGGUGCAAUAUGUCAAAAACAUUCGCAAAUUGUGUAUUUACCCUCUUCCUGUGUUUCCUACUUUCUUUUCUGUGUUCAGCUUGUUUUUUCUAUUUCCUUGUAUUUUCUUUUUAUAACUUACUCUCCUUUUUCUUUCUUUCCUUGUUUUUUCCUAGAAUAGUUGGCUCAUUUGGCAUUGAACCAAAAUUCUAUUUUAUGUGUUCUUUCUGUAUACGGGUGAACGUGUCAUGGAUAGGAAAUGCUCAUAAAUUUUUUUUAUGCAUACAAGUAAAAUUGUAUAAGUAAAAUUGCAUAAGGUUUCAUCGGCAAACACCUUUACUUUAUUCAAAGAAAUCAAUUUUGAGGAAGUUAUUUUAUUUGUUCAGUUUUGUUUAAUAGAACUAAUUUUCUGUUACAUUCUACAAAGAUUAGCCAUCACGUCAAACUACAAAAUUUUGCAUGCUGUGUAUAAACAGAUCCUUGAACAAUACACAUGUACCAAAGUUUGUGUCUCCCAUAUAUAAUCACAUAGCUUAUGUAUGUGUAUUUGUUGAAGGCAACAUUUUGUUAGCUCAAUGCCAUGUUUGUUGUUAAAGUUUGUUAAGAAAAUAAGAACAGCAUGCUGUCAUUGUUGUCUUUCAUGUCAAAAAAUAUGUAAUGUUGAUAGCUUUAUAUUUUUGUAUAAAAUGUCAGGCAUAAUCUAAAUGGUUAUAUUAGUUUGGAGCAGUAUUUAUUGUAAUACUAUCCAGUAAGUGAUACAACUAGAUUCAAAUGUAUUUUAAAAAGAUAUUGGGUUGUAAAAGUAUGUUGUGAACAGAGGCUUGAGCAAAUGAAUAUUUAUACACAAGUAUAAUUAUACAAGUAUGUUAAGUUCAUGAUAGACUUUGAGAGAAUAUUGGGAAAACAGAAAAAAAGAACUUAUUUUGAAGUUCAUGUAGUUAAAACAGUCAUAAAAAUGUUUCAGUAUUGCUGUUAUUUUGGAAAGUAUUGAUAUUUUGAAAUCCAGGUUUGUGAUGAUGUAUUGUCUUUAACUUUCACAGCAACCACAUUCUGUGCUAGGAAAAAUCUAUAUGUAGGUAGAUCAGAGUCAGUAAUAUUAGAUCUUUUGUCAAUUGACUGGACUAAAUAUUACAGAAAUGGAAAAGGUUGGAAUUUGAAAUUAUUCUAUUGUGCAUUGAACUGUGCUUUUUUCUGUGUAUGUAUAUGAAUUGAAUUUUGAAAUAAUACAAUGAAUAAUAACCUCUCAGUCUGGUCAGCUUGCAACAGUAGAUAAUGGAUGUCACCAAACAAACUACAAGCAGUCACUGUGUUCUAGUUAUAUAUAUAAACAUAUUUUCAGAAUUUUUUUCUCCAGAAUUACGCAUCUAAAGCAUUAAUACUGCUAAUUCUCAGGUGUUCACAAAUACUCAGCUAUAAUUGAUACACUAUGAUUCAAAAAUCAUAAUUUACAAUGAAAACCAUGAAAGUGGUCAAAUCACAAUUUACAAGGAAAUUAAUUUUAAGUGGUUUGUGAUCAUUUCAGUGUUAAAUUGGUGAUGCUUGCAGUCAUAUAUUUUGUGCAAUGUAGGAAAGAAACGUGGAUCCCUUUUUUCCAAAAAAAUUGAUCUGGAUGUUCUGUAUAAAUACAUACAUACUCCAGUAUUAAAAGUAAGAAACAUAUUUUAUGUACAUUUUAGAUGACAUUUUAAAUAUUUCAGUCAUUCUUUUAUGGAAGCAUUUUUUAGAAGAUAAAAGAACCUUAUUUUUGUCUAUGAACUGCUGUACAAAGCAGUUAAAUGUGUUAAGUGAUAGAGAAACUUUUUGUUUAAAUUUUACACCAAGUGUACCUUGAAGCUUGUAAAUCAUGUGAUUGGUCUGCAAUGUCUUGUUGCCAUAGUAACAGUUAGGAUUAUUUUUUGUGAACAUUUUGAUUGUUGUUCAGAAAGUCCUGUUAAGUAUGUAAUAAAAUAAAUUUGUCAGAAAU